AUGGACGACUUCUUCCGCACCCAGCAGAGCCCCCGUGGUGAGCCCCAGGUGAGCGGGGCCUUCGUGUCGCCUCCUCGCAACGGGCCUCUGCUGCCGCGCCGCUUCACCACCGACUCCGGUCGUGUACCAACACUGUCGUCGAUUACCCCGAUUCCGCGCGCCGGCGAGCCGCAAGACUUUGCUUCAACCACGGCUCUGCAUAAAGUUCAAUUGCUAGAAAAAAAACGGAUGGACUACGAAAGGCUUCGAGAGCACAGACGGCGCUUUGAAGCCGAGAUCUACAAGCUGGACGCCCAGCAGCGGCUGGAGGAGAUGGAGCUUCAGAAGAUGGCGGAGGAUUUGAAUGCUCGGUAUGGCGGCCAUCAGUCCGAGCCGACAACACCGCCUGAGUAUCGCGAAACUUCGGGCUUCCCUUCGAUCUUCUCGAGACCGAACCGUUAUUCGACCUCGAGCCUCGCUUCUCCGCCCGGCCUCUUCAACCGCCCAGGACGGUCCGGCUCGCUUCUUACCUCGCCUCUUUCCGGCACUCUGCCGUCCCGCUUCCCCUUCGACGACAUCCCAUCACGCUCGGUGCCAGGCUCUCGGCGGAACAGUGACGAAGACGAGAAGGAAGAGGCAGUCCGGCAGGACCCCACAAGCCAUCGUUCAACAAACGCACUCAACCGCUAUUCUAUGCCCGUGACCCGCUCCCGGACAUACUUGACCGACAUCGGCCUCGAGGACAGCAACAACACGACCGGCUUCUUGUUUGGCGACGAGGAUUCUACCUCGGCGGGGACCGGAACGGCGCACACAGCCCAGGUUGGUAAUACCGACUCCUUCGCAUCCUUAUUUCGGCAGCAGGCAUAUCCAAGCAUGACGUCUGCAUCCUCGGCUGCUCCCGACCUUUUCCCUUUCCAGACUUCUGGGUCUGAGAAUCAUCCCUCCAAGGGCUGGAACAGUAUUAACAAGCAUCGCCACAAGCAGAGUAUGUCUACCAUGGGCUCCACCCAGCACAACGGCGGUGCUUCGAUCGGUUCGCCGUCCGAGGCCAGCACCAUCGGCAGCAACCGUCCGGCCAACGUCCGCCACUCGGUGGACGGCAUGAAGCUUUUCCCGGAAACCGCUACCGCUGCAUCCGAUACGCCGGCAACCUCGGUCGUCUCCCCGCCCACGGCCCACGCCUUGGCUUCACCUCCCAAGCUGCACCAGUCCUACUCUGCGAACGACGUGCCGACUGUCAAGACCAACGGCACCUCCACCCUGGGUGGCAACGCCAACAACCACGCCCAGCAGCACUUCCACAACCACAACGCCAGCAUUGGCCGCAUCCCGGCCGGCGCCAUGCCCAGCCGCCACAACCGCGAGCUAUCGGCGGAUGCCUCUUCGGCUAAUGGCCGCGACACUUCCGCUUAUCCGUCCAUCACCUCGACAUUGCAUGCCAACGCACCGCCCUUUGGUCCGGCUUCGACUCAGCCGGCGCAGUCUCCAUCUGCUGCGACGCCAGCUGUGGCCGCACAUGCUCCUGCGAUGCCGUACCCGUUCUACCCCCCCGGCCCUGGUUACAAUGCUAUGGGCGCUCCUCCUCCUGGCGGCUACAAUACUCUCCCCAUGCUCAUGCAGAACAUGUCGAUUGCAAACGGCAAUCAGCCUGCCAUGUAUUCGCAGCAGAACUUCACAGGGUACAAUCCCCUCUACAACCAGCCUCCUGCUCCUCGCUCGCAUCAGGACAGCCAGGCGCGCGUCAUCCAGAGUCGCCGCCAGAUGGACAGUGAAGCCAUGGCUCGGUUCAACAACUUGCCGCUUGAGCAAGUCGGCGGUACCAUCUACUCUCUGUGCAAGGACCAACACGGCUGCCGCUACUUGCAAAAGCAGCUUGAGAACCGCAUUCCCGAGCAGAUCCACAUGAUUUGGCUCGAGACCAACCAGCACGUAGUGGAGCUGAUGACCGAUCCCUUCGGCAAUUACCUCUGCCAGAAGUUGCUGGAGUACUGCAACGACGACGAGCGCACUGUCCUGAUUCAGAAUGCCGCGUCGAACAUGGUGACGAUCGCCUUGAACCAGCAUGGUACUCGAGCCCUCCAGAAGAUGAUCGAGCAUGUGACCACGCAGGUCCAGAUCAACCUGAUCGUCGAGGCUCUGCGCAACCAGGUCGUCGAGCUCAUCCAGGAUCUCAACGGCAACCACGUCAUCCAAAAGUGCCUGAACAAGCUCAGCGCUGCCGAUGCCUCUUUCAUCUUCGAUGCUGUCGGCAAGCACUGCGUCGAAGUGGGCACACACCGUCAUGGCUGUUGCGUUCUCCAGCGCUGCAUUGACCAUGCGGAUGGUGCCCAGAAGGUGUGGCUUAUUGAGCGCAUCACCGAGCAUGCCGUCACGCUGGUGCAGGAUCCAUUUGGGAACUACGUCGUUCAGUACAUCAUCGACCUCAACGAGGAGACUUUCACAGAGCCCCUUGUUGCGCAGUUCCAGGGCCGCAUCGGCGCCCUCUCCAAGCACAAGUUUAGCUCCAACGUCGUCGAGAAAUGUCUGCGCUGCUCUUCUGAACAGUCUCGGGACAUGAUCGUUUCGGAGCUCUUGGCUCCUGGCGAAAUCGACCGCCUGCUCCGCGACUCGUUUGGAAACUAUGUGAUCCAGACCGCCCUCGACUACGCAACUCCCAUGUCAAAGCACCGGCUUAUCGAGGCGAUUCGACCCAUCCUCCCGAGCAUCCGCGCGACGCCCUAUGGCCGUCGCAUCCAGGCCAAGAUCCAGGCAUACGAUAGCCGGACCGGCCCCAACAAUACCGGGCAGGUCCUGCCAACGGACCCAGCUGGCGGCCAGAUUCCCAUCCGUCCUGUCCACAGCCGUGCCAUGCCCAAUGGUGCCUCGAUUCUUGCGACCGGAGCUUACGCAAAUGGUGUCAAUGGUGCCAACGGCGCAGGUAUGAACGGUGCUAUGUACCCAAGCAGUUCGGUCAUCGCCGUUCCCGGCCCGCAGAACCAGACUCCCAUGUCGCCGCCCCGCGGCCAGCAGCAAUUCUCGCCUCAGUUCAAUCCAAUGGGCUCUACUGAAAACGGCGAGACGCAGUGGGUCUAA